AAAGAACUAAAGAAGCACCAAAGGGAAGAGAAGAAUCGAGUUUUCAUCUCAACCAUGAACUCCUCAGCCUUUUCCAGAGAUGCACAGUUGAAGAGUAUGGAGUUGACCAUAAGCAAUGCUGAGAAGUACAUGGGUCAGUUCUGCACGCUGUUCGCCGCAUACACUCGCAAGACGGCCAAACUGAGAGACAAAGCCGACGCCCUCGCCCAGCAGAUUAACGAAUACGCCAACGCUGAAGGCCCUGAGCUUCGAAUAUGCCUGAAGAACCUCUCAGAAGAUUUAGCCAUGGUGCAGGAUUACAGACAGGCCGAGGUUGAGAGGCUGGAAACACGCGUGGUCUCCCCUUUAAAGGCAUAUGGGAACAUUGUGAAAACUAAAAGAGCAGACUUGAAGAGGUUUAGUGUGGAUCGUAACAGGGAGAUAAAAGAACUGCAGAGGUUGGAAAAGCUCCGGCUGAAGAACCCAGCAGACAGACAGAGCAUCACACAGGCUGAAACAAACGUACAGAAAGCCAGCAGCAGUGCCAUCAGGAGCUCCAGACAAUUGGAGGAGACCAUCACUGAUUUCCAGAGACAGAAACUAUGUGAUGUAAAGAGGAUCUUUAUGGAGUUUAUGAUGGUGGAAAUGCUCUUCCAUUCCAAAGCUCUGGAAGUUUAUACCCACACCUUCAACAACCUGGAAACUAUGGACAUUGACAAGGAUCUAGAGUUUUUCAGGAACCAAAUCCAGACUUCUGAUCCUCUUUUGGAAAACACAGCUCCAAUCUCCAGUGUGCCUCAGUACUCGAGUCCCACUCAUUCUAUGCUCCGUCUCACACACCAGCCGGCCCCCUCUAACCCCAUCCGCACCUUGGAUCAGCCAAAAAAGUCUCUGAACAGAAGCUCUCGCAGACGGCAGUUGAAGGUUGAGGAGGAUUAUGAGGAGGAGGAGGAGGAAGAAGAAGAAGAGGAGGAAGAAGAGGAGAGAUACUACUCUGAGGAUGACGUGGAGGAACCACAGACUUUCAGACAAUCCUACGCUGCUCAGUAUACCACAGCUCUCCGACAGAAAUAAGAAAAGUUCAUAAAUUUGUCUUGUGUGUGAAAAGAGUGUGAUGUAAAAAAAGAAAAGAAAAAACAGUGAUAAUGUGAUACAUAGUGUACUUUAUAGAAUAAAUAAUAAUAAUAAAUAAUAAUAAUAUAAAAUAAGUGUUGUAAAGGAUCAGAACUUAUUAUUAUUAUUAGUAUUAUUAUUAUUAAUAAUAA